AUGACCUCAACAACUUCCAACGCUUUACUCAUAGAUUUACAUGUCAAAUACAUUCAGUCGCUUGAUGAAAAAAAAGAUACUCUAGAAUACUGGAUAACAGAACACCUUCGCUUGGCUGGUGUGUACUGGGGUCUCACUGCUUUAGACUUGAUGAAUCAUGUCGAUGCAUUAAAUAGAGAUGAUGUCAUAGCCUAUGUCAAGUCCUGUCAAUGGCCAAAUGGCGGCUUUGGCGGACAUGUCAAUCAUGAUCCGCAUCUUUUGUAUACUCUUUAUGCGGUUCAAAUACUUUUAAUAGAAGACGCUAUAGACGCUGUAGAUGUUGGCAAGAUCGUAGAGUAUGUGUCCAGCCUCCAAGAUAAAGAGACAGGUGCAUUUAAAGGAGACGAAUGGGGUGAAAUCGAUACACGAUUUUCGUAUAGCGCAUUAUCAUGCUUAUCCCUCUUAAAGCGAUUGGAUGCAAUAGAUGUGCAAAAGGCUGUAGAGUUUAUCAUGAAAUGUAAGAAUUUCGAUGGAGGGUUCGGGAGCUCUCCUGGGGCAGAGUCACAUGCCGGACAAAUAUUCUGCUGCGUGGGGGCGCUUGCUAUAGUAAACUCGUUGCACCUGGUUGAUGGUGAUCUUUUAGGUUGGUGGUUAUGUGAGAGACAGUUGAAAAAUGGUGGUUUAAAUGGUCGCCCUCAAAAACUUGAAGAUGUGUGUUAUUCGUGGUGGGUUCUAUCUGCGCUGAGCAUACUUGGCAAGUUACAUUGGAUUAAUAAGGAAAAAUUGAUUGAAUUUGUAUUGAGUGCGCAGGACACAGAAGCAGGUGGCAUAGCAGACCGCCCAGGCGAUAUGGCUGAUGUGUUUCAUACCGUUUUUGGUGUCGCUGGUUUAUCAUUACUUGGAUAUCCAGGAUUAAAACUUGUGGAUCCUGUUUACUGCUUACCGAAACAUGUCAUCCAACGAAGAGGUCUUGCUGAAAAAUACAAAGUUUGA